AUGUGGAAGUUGAAGAUAGCUGAAGGUGAAGGACCAUGGCUGACCACCACUAACAAUCACAUUGGCCGACAAAACUGGGAAUUCGAUCCCUCCGCCGGAACUCCUGAAGAACUAGCUCAAGUUGAAAAUGUUCGCCGCCAGUUCAAGAAGAAUCGUUUCCGAAUCAAACAAAGUGCUGAUCUAUUCAUGCGCAUGCAGCUUAGGAAGGAGAACCCAUGUGGACCCAUUCCACCACCAAUAAAAGUGCAGGAGAUAGAAGAUGUGACAGAAGAAGCAGUGACAGUUACGCUGAGAAGGGCCAUCAGCUUCUUCUCUACCAUUCAGGCCCAUGAUGGUCACUGGCCUGCUGAAUCAGCUGGGCCUUUGUUUUUCUCUCCUCCAUUGGUAAGUCCACCCCCCGAUUAUCCAAAGAUUAUCAUUUUUGUCACAUCGAUUGGCGCGAAGCCCGGCGCUGGUGCUCUGGCCCGUUAG